AGCUUGUUGUUACUACAUAGGAGUUUCCUUUUGGUCCAUUCAUUCACUGAUUUUCGCUGCAACAAAACAACACAAACACAAACACAAACAUAAACACCCGUUUAUGGUUAUUCACUCAAAACAUUUUUCAUUUCGUUUCAUCUCUAUUUUCCCUAUGGAGCUCCGAUUCCUAAUCUCCACUCUUUCAGACCCACUCGCCUUCUCUCACUGGGGAUUGAUGUGCCGGCGGGCCAAAACAUUCAAUUGUUUUGUGGUUCUGUUAUGGACCUUCUUUUGUCUCUCUGCAUAUGUGUCGUGUUCGACAUAUGUGUGGCCCAAUUUGCCAGAAUAUGGUGCUUGUGAGUUUUCAGGGACAAAUUGCAAUUUGGCUGAUCUGAAUUUGCAGACAAGUUAUGGCGAUUUCGUAAAUGAGGCUAAAGGGCGUGGUAGUGAAUCUCCCUUUGGAAAUCAUGUCCCUUCUGCAUCGAGUUUUGUUACAGUCAUACAAGUUUCCGACUCUGUUACUCAUGUUGGUAUUAUUAAUUGUGGUCAUAUGGACACUGAUUUUCAUGACAUGUCACUUAAAGUAUCCAACUUGCAAGAGAACUGCAGAAUUGUUAUUCUUACUAAUGAAACAGCUAGUUCCGAAGUUGCAAUUCCAUGUGAAGAUGCAUUGCAUAUUUGUUUUGAGCAGCAAAGGCUUUCAUUUGUAGGAAUCAUAGACAAAACCAAAUUUGUUAGUUCUGGCAGUAUGAGGGCUGGAUAUGUGGUCAGAAACAUGGGAUUGCCACCAAAUGUUAAGGUUCUAGAGACAUCAAAUGUAGAUGAAUUAGUUUUUGGAAACUUGGUGCCUCGAGGAACCACUAAUGCUAUGUCUGUUCUUGAAGACAAUGAGGUUCUAUUCCCUAUGGUUCAAGUUGGAAGUUAUCUCUCUAGGCGGAUCACUGUAAAGAAUCCUAGCAAUCAUCCAGUUACGAUGCAGCUUAUCUUGAACACAGAAGAGAUGAUUGAUGAAUGCAGGGGUCCAGAUGGUUUAUUACACAGCUUUUCAUCUGGUAAUUUAGUUAUAGAUGAAGUUAUUUCUCCAGCAAAGUAUGGAUUCUCCCUGCCAGAGAGUGCAGUAACAGAGGCUUAUGUGCAACCAUAUGAUUAUGUAACUUUAGGGCCGAUAAUUUUCUAUCCAUCCAAGCGAUGUCGAUGGAAUGGUUCAGCAUUGAUCAAAAACAAUAUUUCCGGUGUUGAGUUGAUACCUUUAAGAGGCACUGGAGGGUUGCUUUCCCUAGCUAUACUUGAGAGGUCUGAGCAUGUUCAGAGUAUAAAUUUUGAUCUGAAAAUGCACAAUAUCCUCGGUUUCUCUCUUCCAUAUGCCUUACUUCGUAUGAAAGACACAAUUUUUGCCUGCUCACAUCCUCUAGUGAAAGAGCUAUAUGCCAAAAACACAGGGGACUUGCCAUUGGAGGUGAAAACAAUGAGAGUUUCUGGGAGAGAAUGUCGGUCGGAUGGUUUUAAGAUUCAUGAUUGUAAAGGUUUUACUCUUGAGCCUGGAGAGUCAAUAAAGUUUCUGAUAUCAUACCAAACUGAUUUUUCUGCAGCUCGGGUACAUCGAGAUCUUGAACUCGCUUUGGCUUCUGGUAUCUUUCUAAUACCCAUGAAGGCAAGUGUCCCUUAUGAUGUGCUAUGUAACUGUAAGAAGUUUGUGUUUUGGAUGCGAGUGAAAAAAUGGUUUCUCGGAUUCAUUCUUGUUGCGUCUUUAUAUUUUAUGAUGUUUGGUUUUACAUAUCCCCAAACAUCCUUCGAUUACUUGUGCAAGAAUGAUCAUAAAUCCAUCCACAUCACCUUAAAACAUGCCGGGAAAACGCCUCUACUGCCUCGUAAUCACAGAAAAGAUAAGUUAUCUAUGUCCGGUAAAAUGACUGAUAUGUUUUACUCAGUUGGAAAAGGCACAAACUCGGUGAUGCCGGCCACCUGUGUCGGAUAUUCAUAUGAUCUGAGUGAAACCUCUGACCAGGAAGUAUCUCAAAUAUCUCAAAUGAAGGAUUCGGAAAACCAUAAACAGAUUAGUUUUUUGUUGGAUACUCAAAAGGAAGGAAAAUCGCCAACCACUUCAAUUCAGAGCUCUGAUGUGAAACCAUCCCAACAGGGUGAGCUAAAAAUAAAAAAAGAAAAGGUUAGAAGAAGGAAGAAAAAGAGUGCAGGUGCAAAGUUAACUGCGGUGUCUGAAGUUUCAAGUAGUCGAAGUGGAAAUUCUACACCCUCAUCCUCACCACCCUCGUCUCCAUUGAUUGCUGCAUCGACCAAAUCUAACCGCUGGUCAUUGUCUUCUGAUGUGGAGCAACCCCGGAUCCCAACUCGCAGUAUAACAACUCAUGAAGCUGCCCAAUAUCCUAAAAAAUCCGAAGCUUCUCCAUCGGCUGCUAAGACAAAUAUAUUGAAGCAUAGGGAUCCUAUAAAGUGCAUCAGUAACAACGUUUCUUCUCCUAAAGUUUCACAUUCACCUUCAAGAAGUGAUGCUAGUAAACCCCUGAAGAUGUUUUGUGGUGCUUCUCCAAUGCCUGGUGGACAUUCUCUCAUCUCAUUGGUGUCAACAUCUAGUGCUAGCUUAAGUUGCCGAGCUCCGGGAUCGAAACUCGACAAUCAAAAGGCUGUUUUAGCACCAAAAGCAGAAAUUGCAGAAGAGUAUACAUAUGAUAUAUGGGGUGAUCAUCUUUCAGGGCUUCAUUUGUUAGUUCCAAAAGAUGUUACUUGCAUGAAAUCUCGUCCUGCUGAAAAGAACUUCAACAGCUUCUUUGUUUGGGACCCUCAGGCAAUAAAAUAAAAUAAAAGGCUAUUUAAGAUGAAAAA